AACUGCACACAUCUCAAUAAAAAACCCCUACAAAAACAUAAAAAUUAAUUGUCACACCAAACAUUUCACCCAACUUCACUCGCUUAUUUCAACACUUUGUAACUUCCUUCAGCGCAAAUCUAGGGGUUUUUUCAUCAGACCAGUUUUCCCAAAUUUUCAGUUCGAUUAUUUCAUUUUUUUUCUUCAAGCUUUUAUUUUGCAAGAAGUUUGGAAUUAUUUUUCUAUAGUUACUUUGGGAUUGAGUCAAAGAUAAACAAAAUGCCGAGGUCUUUCGUGAAUUGUGUGCGCUUGGUGGUUUUCUUUCUUGUUAUACUGUAAUUUUUCUUUGUUUUUGGUGAAUUUCAAUUGAAUUUGGAAGGAGAUUCAUUUCAUUCAACAUAUUGUUCGCCGAUUGAAACUUUUUGGUUGGAGGUGUGAGAAUGUACAUUGCAGUAACCAUAAAGAGAUAUCGAGCGGUUAAGGAAGUUGGGAAGAUUAAAAUGAGUGUUGGUGUUAUUGCAUACUAUCAAUUAGUUCAAGUUUGUCAGGUAAAUUUUAUUUUUUACCUGUUUCGGAUUGCGUAUAUUGCUGUUCCAUCAUGUUAUAUAUGGUUGUGACCUCGGAAAUGCAUAAAAAAUUGUCUCAAAUAAAUCUAUGUGCCAUAUCAGUAAUGGUUUUGUUGCUAAUUUUGUGGUAGCAUGAUUGUAUUAGGUUGAAUAUGCCUUUCGAUUUUUAGUUUGUCAAGUGACUGAUUAGAAAAAGUUUGUCUCGUUAAUGCACGCAGGACAUAUCAAAUGCACUAAAACAUGCACAAAGACUAAGCACAUGUGUGUAUUUAUGGUUGCUAUGGUUGAAAAGUAAAAAAGUUAUAUGUAAAUUUUUGAGAAAUGCAAGACACUUAUGAUUAAUCUUUUUCAUUUCUCUUUGCUGUUGUGGAUUUUCUGUUAGUUGUGACCACAACAAAUCUGGACAUGUAGAAAACUGAUAAACUUCUGACCAUUUUAAUGGGCUUCCCUAUGAAAUAAAAUUGUAAAAGUUACUCCAAAACAUCAAUCAUGACUGAAGUUUCUGUUCAUAUGAUUGAGCAAUACCAUGUAGAACAAUGGAGAAAGUAUCUUUUUGUUUGUGGCUGCACAUAUUACUCUCUGCAUUUUUUAUGGUUAUAAUGACUUCCUAUAUGCUAUUGCAGGCUGAGUAUUUCCGUCAAUUGCUUAAACCUGUUACGUAGUCUAGUAUUACAAAACUCUUGGAGACCGGGACUAGGGAGAGUCUGCCAUUUGGUUGUGUUAUUCUUAAGGCUGUGAUAGAAUGAAACAUCUGAUUGUUUUGACAGUAAAUUUGGGAUAGGCAACUCUGUCAUGUUGUGAUGGCGACCCAGUAGUUUAGUCUAUAGUCUUACCAUAAUUAUAUUUAUAAACCUUCUUCCAACUUAACGUUGAAUAAUUGCAAGUUCAAAGCCAAGAAGCAAUCUUUUGUUGUGAACUUCUUGAUUAAGUAGAAAAUUCGAUGCAGAGUAGCCAACAGUUUUACCCCCAAAAAGCAUUGCCCACACUUGCAGAUCAAGUGGGCGAUAAUUACAUGCAUAUUCCAGUUGCAUCUGCUUUUGGUACAGGUUUUCCUCCAUGUGCUAAGCCAUUUGCACCCCUCCAUGGCAUUGAGUUUCAAUCCUCGGAGGUUUGUCCCAAGAAUUUCAUUAUUUUCAAUCAGACUGAUCAUAGAAAUCAGAUCAUGUUCAAUCCUGCUGUUAAUGGUCAUGGAUUAAAUGUUUUUGCAACUUACAUUGAUGGAAAGUAUGAAAGAAAAGAUGUUAAUGAUGUGGAAAACGAAACCUCAUCUUCUCUGAAAGAGGAUUCAGAUGAUAUUGAUGCACUUCUUAGCUCAGAAGAGGAACAAGAAGGUUAUGAUGAGGAAGAAGUUAGCAUAACACAGACUUAUGGAAAUUAUGAAAGCAACUCUGGUUCUCACUCUGCUUAUGGUUCAAAACCAAGAAAGAACAGCUCAUGCUCUUCUACUCUGAAGUCCUCUGGUAGUGGUGGCAGUUGUGACCCUGAAAUUAAGCGACUGAAAAUGAGGAAAAUGGUGAAGGCUUUAAGAGGAAUUGUUCCAGGUGCUGAUCAGAUGGGUACCGUAGAUGUUCUUGAUGAAGCUGUUAGGUACCUCAAGUCUCUCAAGGUUGAAGUAAAGAAGCUUGGAGUUGGGAAUUUCAAGAACGGAGAUUGAACUCAUAUUGUGGUAACCGUUUUUGCUCAUCUUCUAGAAGUUUAGUUCAUUCUGGGUUGCAUACCCCUCCUUCACCUGUCUCUCUCUGAUGGCUUGCAGUCUAGAGAUAAAGAAGACAGGUAUAUUUUAGAAUUAAUAUUGUGUUGUAAUUUCCAGUUAUGUAUGUAUUAAUGGUGUGCCAGCACAUGAAUUGCUGCUGAAACUUUUGAAGCUCAUAUAUUGUUCACUUGGAAGAAGAGAGAAGUCGGGAUGGAGUUUGGAUGUGUAAUAUGAUUACUAAGUUUCUAGUUGCCAUUAUCUUUGUGGCACAAGUAGCUGCUUUGAAUGUUAAUGUCAUGUACUUAAAAUAAUAAUUUGUUGGAAAUCUAGAUGUGCUGUCAAUACAUUUAUCUGGUGCCUGAUCCAUUU